GCGACCACAACGGUCAUAUUCCUCUCGGGCUCUCGCCUCCCACGCGCCGCCCCGCAUCGCUUUGCGUCGUGCUUCCCCGUUCCCUUCUCCGGCGCGGAAGGGAGCGGCGGCUAGGUCCCUUCCUGAAGGCUGAAGCCAUUGGAGGAGGAGGAGGAGGAGGAGGAGGCGGCAGCGGAGGCAAUCAGCGGGCCCUCCUCUUCUAGCGCGUAGUGCCCAGCGAAUACCUGCCCGUCAGUACAGUGCUUGAAGUGAACAAGCAGAGAUGUCGGUGCCAAUGUAUAAGAAGCAAAACUCAAUGGGCACUCCUGUCCACAAGACAAAUCCCUUUGAUUCUGAUUCUGAUUCUGAAGUGCCCUCAAAGCCAUCAAGGGCCCAGUCUGUCCCAGUGCAACACACCGAUCAAUCCGUGCAAGAGUUGGAAGAUUAUGCUAUAACCAAAGCACGAGAAACCACACACAAAGUAAAUGAUUGUGUCAGGGCUGCUGAAGCCAUCAGAGAAGAUGCUACACAAACUCUGCAAACUUUGCACCGUCAAGGUGAGCAGAUAAUGCGGUCGCAUCAACUAGCAGCUGAUAUUGAGAGGGACCUUACUGUGAGUGAGAAGCUCCUGGGAAGUCUGGGUGGGCUAUUUUCUAAGGCAUGGAGACCAAAGAGAAAUCAACAGAUAAAAGGACCAGACUCAGAAAAUAACUGGCCUGCGAGGACGGCAAACCACACAGAACAGAGGUGGAGGCUAGGCAUUGCCCCAACACGUCAAGAAUCCCCCAGUCCUGUACAAACCACACCUGCAACUCCGAUGGGAAAAAUUCAGGCUGAGAAAGCAAAGCAGGAUGAUGCGCUUUCUGACCUGAGUAACACUUUGGGACAGCUCAAGGAAAUGGCAGUUGAUAUGGGCACAGAAAUUGACAGGCAAAACAAAGCUUUGGUUCCUUUCAGCGACGAUGUUGAUGAAUUGAAUUUCAGACUGAAAGGUGCGAAUCAACGGGGACGCCGUUUGCUGGGCAAGUGAUACCAAACCAGGGUCGAGCAAUGCUAUCAAAGGCGGCAACGGCCUUGCCAAAGCGUUGUAGUUUGGGGACCCUCUUCCUGCACUGAGAGAUUAAGAACCUUGUUGUAAUACUUGUUUAGAGCAAAUAGAAAAUUCCUUUUAUUGAAUUGUAGUCUGAGAAACUUUCCAGUUCCAGUGUUGUACAACUACCAGGUCCAAAUUAGUUGAAAGGAAAUCAGAAUAUAUCUGACGUUUCAUGGGGUUUAUUA